AGCGAACUUUUAUUUUGGCGACAUGUUGGAACCAGGAAGUAGUAGGAAAGAAAUCUGACGUUUCAUGAGUAGAUUUUCAUUGUAAUAAUUCGAAGAUGACACGGGCCAAACCAGAGGAUGAUGAAUACUGGAACAGCUCUAAAUUUAAAGCGUUCACAUUUGAUGAUGAUGACGAUGAGUUUUCAAGACUGAAAGAGUCCAAACGGGCUGUGAACAGCAUUCUGGUGGGUGAUUAUGAUGAUGACGAUGAAGAUGACGUUGAGAGAGUCAGCUGGACUGGGGAACCUGUGGGAAGCAUCUCUUGGUCGGUCAAGGAAACUGCCUCCAGUAUCCGCUCAGGGAGUGAGCAGAGCUUUCCCAAAAUAGACACCACUCCUUCACUGUCCAAACAAGGGUCCGGAUAUUCCCUGAGUUCCCUGUUUAAAGCAAGGAGCAAACCUGGCGCUUUCCAGUCCUUCUCAGAGUCUUUUAGCGACACAUCUACUAGAACAUAUGCACCAGAGCUGAGGAAGCCCAGGUCAGAUGGAAAGGAUUUUGUCAGCAACCUGAGUCCAGAGGAAACCGUGAGGAGAAUGCAGAAAGGACGGGCAUUCUCCCUGGAAAAGUUCCACUCUCUGCAGGACAAACUUCUGCUGCUGGAUGAAGCCGUCGCUGUUUAUGAUGGCAACGUCAUCACUGCUGUGAGCUGCGCUUCACAUACUAACCCUCUACAGAAGCACUGCCAUGAUUUAGAAACAGCUUGUUUACACUAUGCUUAUUCACUGAUCCUUUACAUUCUCAUACUGCAGGUCUUGAUAUAUCUAAAAAGGUCAUUAAGUAAAGAAAUCCUCUUUCGAGAGUUAAUGGCGAGAGAUGUGGCUUUGCGUCAUUACGUUCACUAUUUAAAAGAGACGGGAGAACAAAAGCUUUUGGUGGAGUUACUGAAGGCUCUUGGCAGGACAGAAGAUAUGGCGUUGAUCCAAUACAAGGAGCACUUGAAUAUUAAGGAUGAAGGGCGAAGAAGAGACUUCCUCAAAAGUUGCCUCAGCCUUCCUUUUUCUCAUGACGAUGCCACUCUCGUUCAAGACCACUAUACACUCCUCGAGAGGCAAAUAAUCAUAGAGGCUAGUGACAAGAAGGCAGAUGCAGAUAUCUUUAAAAAGUUCCCUAGAAAAGCAUCUAUCCUUAAUAUGCCAAUCAUCACCACACUGUACUACUCCUGCUUUUACCAUUACGGAGAGUCAGAGGGAACUUUUAGCAGCCCUUCAAACAUAAGAAAAACUUUCCGGAUUUCAGAAAAGCAGUACAUUCUCAGAGCUCUUGGCGCAAGAGCGAAAUUGAAAUCAUGGUUUGAUGUGGAUAGUCUGUUCAACACCAAGAACUGGCUGGGGUACACCAAGAAAAGGUCUCCCAUUGGCUUUCACAGGGUGGUGGACAUCCUGCAGAAGAACAGCGCCCCUGUACAGGUCCUGCAAGAGUAUGUGAAUCUCAUCGACGACCCAGAACUCAAGCUCAGCGUGGCUCUGAAAUAUAAAUGCCACGACGUCAUCAUCAAUACAUACAGAGACCUGAAGGACCGACAGCAGCUUAUUGUUUAUGGAGAGAAGCUGGAACGAGACUCGGUCGAGUACAGGAAGAUUCAGGAACUCCUCAAUAGCGGGCAAAUCCGGUGGAAAAACUGACACAUGGAUCCUGACACAAGGCAGAGACAAUAUUGCACAUGUGAAACACUGAUGCUGCUUAAUAUGGAGCCUUUGGAGAGGUUAAACCUGGACAAGCAGGACUGAAAUCCUCACCGAACAUUUCAAAGAACCAGUGAAGUGAGUCAUUCUGGAGUGACUCUUUUGCAAAUGCAUCUGUUCAGUACGAUUAAACUGCCAAGUGUCCUUCUGCCAACUCUACAGGUGAACAUUUAUAAGGGAAUAAGGGAGGUUGCUGACUUGAACAGCAUGUUCUUAAAGCCCUCACACCUAUUUGUUUGCCUGCUUAUGGAUUUAUGAACAUUCCUCACUAUUCACUGCUUUUUACAUUAAACAUAAUAGGAUACUGACACAAAUGUUUGAGGUUUACACAAGCUUUCUGGUAAAUACAUGACUGAAGGUGAGAAUCUUGGUAGGAUAAAAGCUGUUAAAGAAGUUUUUGACUGUUGCGACAGGAAAGAAUUGUCACAGUUUCUGCAAAUGGUGGUCAAUUUAUAACCACAGUUCAAGCUCAUAAAAGCUGUUAGAGGAAGUUCCCCUGAUGUUUCAUUUUGGGGACUUGUAAUCAUAUAGUAGAUUGUGUCAUAUAACCUUUAGGAUUUCCAUAAGUCUUAGUUCUUUCAACUCUAGAAGAUCUAAACAAAUUGCAGAUAAACUUUAUACAGCUUAAAUUUACAGCUGUGGGAUUACAGUUUA